UGAAAUUUGCUGUUCACACAUUGUUAGUUCAUUUUGAUUCAGAAUCUUAUUCGGAUGGAAAUAUUAAAAAUUGUUCUUAUUUUUACGUUCUUCAUACAAUUAUCGUUGUCAAGUCAAAAAAAUGCAUUCGAAUUGGCGGAUAUGUGUAUUAAAGAAUUAAAUAUCACAAAUGACACCAUAAAACUUUUAAGUAGCACAAAUGUUAGAGAUCCAACAAUGGAAUAUAAAUGUUUUCAUAAAUGUUUUUUUGAAAAAGCUGAUUUUGUCAAGAACAGUGCUAUACAAGAAGCAAAUAUUAUUAAAAUGUUAACAGAAGAAUUCACUUUCACUAAAGAAAAUGUUGAAAAAGCUUUAAGAGCUUGCCGUGAUGUUGAUAUAAUUUCAAAUGAUUGUGAUUCGAUAUUUGAUUAUUUAUUAUGCAUGAAAGAAAAUUUGCCGAAACGUGGUAUACAAGCGAUAGAAAGCACAGUUUAAAAUAUUUAUAGAAGCGUUUUACAAAAAUUUUUUGAUUUCAAUUCCAUGAAAUGAUAAUCCGAAUUAAAAUGAUAAUACAAAACAACAUAAAGCAAUUGUAAAUCUUUCUUUAACCACUUCUAAGGAUGGCAUCACAGAACAUUGCCUUUUCGAUAAGAGAGUCAGUACAAAAUUUCCAAAUCUUCUACAGUUACAUUAAACGAUUAAUUUAAUUACAAAAUAAAAGAUAGAAUUUAUAAUUUUGUGUUAAAAUAGCUUAUAAUAAAAUAUGAAGAAAAUUUAAAUAUUCCUUGAGAAAGAGAAAGUAAAACAUGAAAUUUUUUUAUCGUAAACCAAUACUGUGCUACAAAUUAUCCGCAAAGAAGAAGUUCUAAAAUUUAUGAAUUAUAAUAUAAAUAUUAUGAAUUUGACCACUCUUGAUUUUUUUGGGAUCGUCGAAAUAUUGUAAAUAAUAGACGAUUGUGGUCAGUUAGAUUCUUCAAAUAAGCAAAUUCUUUGCAAAGAAGCAAAUUCUUCGUAAGCAGUUUUAAAAAAUUAUUACCGAUUUGGC